AUGUGUGCACGGAAGUCUGUUAAAGUAGUUAUCGAUAAAGAGGGAAGCGAUAAUUUCCUUUUCGAUAUUUCUAAAACGAUAAAACAGUUCUAUGAGACACCGGUUAUUUUCUUCACGAAUAAUGACUAUUCCGAUAAUAUAUUUAAUACGCUGUGCUCUAUGCGAUCAGCCUUACAAGGAGAAUCGCAGUCACAAAUAAUUGAUAUAAUCGUAGAUUUUCACUUAAAUUGGCUGCAUGCUGUGAAUGAGGUAGAACAAUUCUCUAAGCGUAUCAAUGAUCUUCCAAGGGACGACGUAUACCAAGCAGUGAGUUAUACAAUCGAUGCGAUGGGGUCUCGUCUUAACUAUUAUCAAAAGUACAUGAACAAAUACAAGCCAUCACUAUCCAAUGAAUUGCAAUCUGAUUUAAACGCUGAUAUGGAGAUAGUCGAAGAAAUGCACAAGGAAAUAACAAAGGCACUAUUAGAUAAACUCAAAUGUUUUCGAAACUUCGCUUGCGAUUCAGAAUUUACGAUCAAAGUUUCCGGUGCUGUUGAAGAACUUUUGAACUGGAUUGAUAAAAUAACGGAUGGUUUAGCUUUAGAGCUAAGUAAAUAUAUAAAUAUUAACGUUCCGCAUUUAAGUGGCGAUUUAACAAAGACAUUGCAACAGAUAAUUGAUGAAUUGCACACUUCUAACUCGGAGAGUGCACAACGAAUGCUGGAGCACUUAAAAGAAAAAGGCAAAGAAAUUUCAGCGAUGAUUCGCUCAACUACAAGUCACGAUCUUGAAAUUUGUAAAGUCAUUGAAAAGAUCAACAUUUUGGACGACCGCAUUUCGCGUUUAGAACUGGAACCAACCUCUGCUGCUAGAAUGGCAUUGGAGAAUAAGAGGAACUAUUUAGAAAAGAGAUUGAGUCUGCUUGAUAGUUUAAAAACAACUCUUAAGAGUAUGCAACAAUUGACAGAAGUACACUUAGAAUCAGUACCUGACGACGAACUGUGCGUUUGUGAGGAUUUCUAUGAAUUCCGUAUAUUUAAUCAUGAUCUUGAGCCGGAAGACCGCGAACAUUUGAUAACAGAACUAUGCUACUUAUGGGAUUUGGCUGUUUUUGGAGAACGGAGUCACAAAUCCAUUAUUUCUAUUCUUAGCGCAGCAGACAUCAAGGAGGAAUAUAAUGAUGAAUUAGGUACGUUCUAUAUCGACCAGCACAGUCGAAAAAUUUACAAACUUCCAGAUGACGAAACUCUCUAUCAACCAAAUGAAAGAGGUGAACUAGUCCCUGUUAGUGACGACUCGGACCAUGUCUUUUUUUAUGAUGAAUGUGGGAGAUACUUCAUCGAUGCUAAAACAAGACAGAGAGUAUACAAAGCUUACGAAACCGCAAGCGAGUAUAUGAUGGACAGCAGUGGAAUUUUAUUAAAAGUAAAAGAAGAGCGAGAUGGAAUAGUUUACUAUUAUGAUAAUUGUGGUCGCUAUUACAUAAAUAGCGAAGGUAAACAUAUAUAUCGUGACGAAGAUUCCGUAAGCGAAUAUGAAAAUGAUGGCUUCGGAAACCUUGUACGUAUUCGUAGUCAGACUGAAAUGUUUGAAUUGUGCCCAGGCGAUGCGAAUGUAACAGAGGAUUUCAAAUACUUAAAAUUAAAUGUUGGGAAAGCUUUAAGGGAGUGUAUUGCAGAUGUUAUUUUACAUCAGCCAGCGGAUCCAAUAAAAUAUUUAUCAGCUCGUCUUGUAAAGUAUAGAAAAAAUAUUGAAGUUCGAGAAAAAAGAGCAAGAGAGAAGGAAGAGUUGGAUAUAGAAAGAGAAAUAAGAAUUGCAGAAGAGCGCGCUGAAGCUGAACGAGCGGCGAGAGAAGCUGCAAUGUUAACCCAGGGUGGUAGUGAGGCUAGCUACGAUUCUAAUCUUUAUAAGUAUGCUUCUAUGCACCCAGAUGAUGCAGAUUCCUAUGCUGUUAGUUCUACACACUAG